AUGCCUGCCACCACCGCAGAGACUUUGUCUCUCGUCACACGGAAUGUCUCCGUUGCCCCUCUUGUGCUUCUUUCUGUUGUCGAUCACUACAACCGGGCGGUAGUCAAGGGAUCGAAACGUAGAGUGGUGGGAGUCCUCCUGGGCUCCAACGAUGGCAAGAACGUCCGUGUGUCGAACAGUUUCGCAGUACCAUUCGAGGAGGAUGACAAGGACCCCUCAGUGUGGUUCUUGGACCACAACUACGUUGAGGGUAUGAACGACAUGUUCAAGAAGGUCAACGCAAGAGAAAAGCUGAUCGGCUGGUACCACUCUGGCCCCAAGCUGCGAGCGUCGGAUUUGGAGAUCAACGAGCUUUUCAAGCGCUACACCCCAAACCCUCUCCUAGUCAUUAUCGAUGUACAACCGAAGGAAGCAGGUGUGCCCACAGAUGCAUACUUUGCAGUGGAGGAGAUCAAGGAUGAUGGUACAACUACGUCGAGAACCUUUGUCCACACCCCAUCGAUUAUCGAGGCCGAGGAAGCAGAGGAGAUUGGUGUCGAGCACCUUCUUCGCGAUAUUCGCGACGUCGCAGUCGGCACUCUGUCGACUCGGAUAACGAACCAGCUCCAGUCCCUCCAAGGACUGCACCUCCGUCUUCGCGACAUUGGUGCCUACCUCCAGAAAGUCCUCGACGGACAGCUCCCAGUUAACCACGCCAUCCUGGGCAACCUCCAGGACGUCUUCAACCUUCUGCCUAACCUGUCGACGCCAAAGGGCGACGAAAAGUCGAGCGGUGGCGAGCUCACUCAUGCUAUGAGCAUCAAGACCAACGACCAGCUUAUGGCCAUCUACCUCAGCAGUUUGAUUCGCGCCAUUACGGCCUUCCACGAUCUCAUUGAGAACAAAAUCCAGAACCGACAGCAGCAGGAGGAGAAAGAAGCCAAGAAGGAUGAGGCAAACAGCAAGGAUGAGAAGAAGGACGAUAAGGUGAAUGGCGUCAACGGCGAGCCCAAGGAAUCCGAGAAGGACAAGGAUGCAAAGGAGAAGAAGAAAUAG